CUUUUAUCUUUUCAAGAAACAAAGUCACAGAUAAUCAUAAAUUUCAAUGCCACCUGUCAAUUUUGAGAUUUACGUUCAAAACCCUUUUUGUGAUUUAGGCAGGGCACAAGACAGACGCCAAUAUGAGCAUCUGCUUCGUUACGACCCUAAUUUUGUCCAUUAUAAUAGCAGUUGUUGAAGGCCACUGUCCAGCAAUCAAUCCCGAUUCCGGUUGCUCUUGUGAAACUUUAAUUGAUCAUGAUAAAGAUGAGUUUUCCAUAUUAACUUGCCGAAAAAUAAAUUCUGAGGAGGCUCUAAAAAGGAUUCUAAGAGGUACCAGGUCAUACCCGAUGUUCGAAUUGCAACUUUUCGAAAGCAGUUUAAGGUUUAUACCACAUGAUGCAUUUGUUGGAACAAGUUUUGAGGUUCUGAGCAUUAGAAAUUCCAGUAUCAGCUCCUUAAGUGAUACAGACAUCGCCUUUGAGGGUUUAGAAAAACAGCUCCAUUUAAUAGAAAUCAUCAACUGCAGUUACACCAGCAACUUUGACUGGACUCAUCUCUCGAAUCUGGUUCAUCUCAUGGAGAUUCAUAUCAGUGAUUCGGAACUAAUAGACAUCACUGAAGGCAUUUCCAGAGUCCAGCACAUUGAUGUUGAAUCAUUCGCCUUUCAAAAUAACCACAUUCAAGUACUGGCUGAAAGAGCUUUCGCUCCUUUCACCAACCUAAAGAGAUUGGCUCUUGAUAAUAAUCAUAUCAAUAGAUUAUCUAGAUCAAUGUUUCCAAGACCAGCUAAAGAGUUAAAGAUCCUUGGACUAAGUUAUAACAAUCUUCGAGAAUUGCCAGAAGAUCUAUUUGUGGAUAUGUCAGGUCUUCGCUCCUUAUAUCUCACUGGCAAUCCUCUAUAUACAAUCAGACAACCUGUAUUCCAGCCUAUAUGGAAUCAAAUAAAUCUACUUCUAUUCUAUGGAACAAAUCUCUCUUGUGACUGUAGGUUAGCUUGGUUGUUAAGAGCAGAUAAUUCAAGAAAAUAUAUACACGCUGCAUGCCAUGGACCAUCAGAAUUUGUCGGUCGGGCAUUGGCUUCGCUUGAUGCUGAUCAGCUUUAUUGCUAAUAUUUUAUUGCAUUAAAUUAUUUUUAUAUUGUAUUAAAUCAUUUUCAUUUGUUUUUA